AUGACGAAUUUCUCUGGAUCGUGGAAACAUGAUCAAGUGUUCAUCAGUUUCAGAGGUAUAAGUCUGAGAGACAAUAUAGUGAGCAGUCUAACUGACGAAUUACAGAGGAGAAAUAUCAACUAUUUCAUGGACACGUGUGAGACCAAAGGGAGGCCGAUCACAGAUCUCUUCGAACGAAUCAGAGAGUCGAGUGUUGCACUCGUCUUCUUCUCUAAAAAGUUUCCCGAGUCCUGCUGGUGCUUAGACGAGCUUGUUGAGAUCAAGAAGCAAAUGGAGAUAGGUUCUCUCGACGGUUUUCCAAUAUUCUACAAAGUGAAAGCUCACUCCGUCAAGAGACAGUCUGGUUGCUUCCGGAACACUCUCCUCGCUACUGAGGAGAGUGUUCGCAAGAAAGUUGAUCGGGGAAGCGACAAGUCGAAACUUGAAACAGAGGAUAUGAUUUGGGGAUGGAGGCAAGCUUUAGUCUCUGUUGGAGGAAUACUGGGGAUUUCUCAUAAACAUGGCCCUGAUCCGGAUUUGGCUAGAGAUGUUGUGGUCAAACUUAAGGAAAUGUUAGACGACAUUUCUUCUCGAAGAAGUGCUUUUAUUAUCAUAGAGAAGCCUCUGAUGCAUCCUCAGAAGCCAGUAACGUCGUUACUACAAGCUCUAAACCUUGAGAAAUCAGAUCUUGUAGAUCUCAUUACAAGGCCGUCCAUUCAUAGCAAUGGUGCCGUUUCCUUGAGAACUGAUCAUCUGGUGUUACUUGACCUGAUCUCUCUCAAGAAACCUGUCCUCGGUCAGCGAUUAAUCGAGCAUGGUCAAGUUGCAGGAAAGAUUUAUUUGGUGUUGUUAGGUUCUCUAGAAAUCAACGAUGGGGAUUUUGAUUUCAAGCAUCUCUUGUUGUACAAUAAACCUCAACUAUUUCCUGGUAACAAGCUUAUUGUCUCCUCUCAAAAAAUCCAAGAUCAAAGCUACACUUUACCAGUUCAAGUCACUAGUAAGUUUCUUGCAUAUUACGCAACACAUCACUCUCUUUCAUAUAACUUUAAUCCCCCUCUGGAUUCAAAUCUGACAGAUUGCGCAGAUGUGGUAGUAACCGCAGAGAGUAAUGACAAUCUUCAGAACCGUCUUGGUGAAGAUAACAACACCGAUGACCCUUUGACCUGCUUUGCAUUCUUAUGUAACAUUAUGAAGCGUUGUGCCAUGAUAAUAAACUCUCCACCGCGUAGAGUGUUCAUCAGUUUCGGCGAGAAGCAGCUCGGAGGAAACCCAGUGAGCUCUCUGGAAACAGAAUUGGAAUCGAACGGGAUCUCAGUGUAUGUAGAAGAUGAGACGAAGGAGAGGAUCAAAGAGUCAAGGGUCGCAAUAGUUUUCUUCUCACUCAAAAUCAAGUACCCUGAGUCGCAACGGUUUCUUGAUGACCUCGUUGAGAUCAAGAAGCUUAUGGACGCAGGAGAGAUCGAUCCCUUGCCCAUUUUCUACAAUCUGAAGGCUGAAUCAGUUCGGAAAAUGGAGGGAUGGUUCUGUAAUAGGCUUCUCAAGAUAGAGGAAAUCGUGCGUAAAAAAGUCAAUAGGAGCAAUGAGAAGUCUAUACUUGAUACCGAAGCUAGAAUCUGGGGGUGGAGAGAAGCUAUCUUGUCCAUUUCUUCAAGAUCAGGCUUGAGCUAUGAAGAUGGAAGCUCUGUUCCUGUGUUCGUCACUGAUGUCGUGACCAAGGUCAAGGAGCUGUUUGCAUUCAGGAAGAGACAUAAGAAGUCCAGUUCCUAUAAAAUUACUGGACAACUGAAUGAAGAAAAGCCUCUGAUGCAUCACCAAGAGACAGUAGCAGCAAUAACAACAGUCAAGUCCCUCGAUGAUGAUGACUUAUUCUACUCCAUGACUUCCUUCUUACAAGCUAGGAAUCUUGAAAUUGAAGACCUUGAAGGAUUCACGGACAUCCCCAAAGGCCUCGUAUCUAUGAGACUGAAAGGAUACGCUAAUCUAGUGUUCCUCAACUUUAAUUCUCUUCAUAAUCUGGUCAGAUUUCAGCGUUCUAUCUCAUUUAAAUUCAUUAGAGAGGUCUCUCCCCCCAACCCUAUUUUUCUUCUCUUAAUCUCAAUAAACUUUUGGUGGCUUCUCGUGAUAUUCUUUAGGUACUGUUACUCUGCAGGGUUUUGCUUUGAAUCGCUCUGGUGUCAUAAGUUUUCAAGAGCCUUCUCCGGUCUUAGCUUUAGAAUCCAAUCAACCCCAACAUUAAUGGUGGUAUGUCUUGUCUCAUACAUCACAUUAUCCAUUUCCCGGUCUUAA